AACCAACUUGCACAAGAAGUUUACAAUGUCAAGCAACGUUUCCCAAUGCCACAUCGCUAAAGAUAUGGAACCUUUUACCUACUUUUACUACUUGAUUUUUCUUAUGGGAUUUAUUGGAAGUUGUUUCGCACUAUGGGCAUUCACACAAAAAGAUCAGAAGCAGAAGUGUACGAGCAUCUACUUAAUUAACCUCUUAACAGCGGAUUUUUUGUUGACUUUGGCAUUGCCAGUAAAGAUUAUUGUUGACCUAGGAGUUGCAUCCUGGAAACUGAGAAUAUUCCACUGUCAAGUUACAGCCUGUUUCAUCUACCUGAACAUGUAUUUAUCAAUUAUAUUUUUGGGAUUUGUAAGCAUGGAUCGUUGCCUUCAGCUAACACACAGUUCUAAGAUCUACCGCAUUCAAGGGCCUGGAUUUGCCAAGAUGUUGUCUGCAGUCAUAUGGACAAUGGUUCUCCUUAUUACAGUGCCUAACAUGGCUAUUCCAAUAAAAAACAUUGAAGAAAGACCUGGUGCAGGAUGCAUCGAUUUCAAAACAAAGUUUGGAAGAGACUGGCACGUGUUUACUAAUUUCAUAUGCACAGCAAUAUUCCUGAAUUUUUCAGCUGUGAUACUGAUUUCCAAUUUCCUUGUUGUUAGACAACUCUACCGAAACAAAUACAGCGAGAGUUACGCAAAUGUGAAGAAAACCCUCAUCAACAUACUGCUCGUAACUGCAGGCUACCUGCUGUGUUUUGUUCCAUACCACAUUGUUCGUAUCCCCUACACUUUGAGCCAAAGCGAUACCAUAACCAGCUGCUCUCUGAAACAAGCCCUCUUUAAAGCUAAAGAAUCUACCUUGCUGUUUGCAGUAUCAAACCUCUGUUUUGACCCUAUUCUGUAUUACCAUCUUUCCAAAUCAUUCAGAUUGAAAUUUACUGAGACUUUUGCAGCAUCCAAAGAGGUGAAGGUUUUCACAGACGAAGAGGUACAACACAGAAGUGAACAGCAGAUGCAAAAGUACUGA